AUGAGAGACUCCAACAGCUGCCUCAGUCCUGGGGGACAGGAUGCAACAAGGUCUGCCUCUCAGGCCGAGGCCAUUAAUGGAAAGCAGAGGAGGCUGAGGAUCAUAUCUGCUAGUGUGCAAGGAGAAGUUCUGAGAAGUUGGCGGUUCCGCUGUCCGUCGUGUCGUCACGAAGUGGUGUUGGACCGUCAUGGUGUGUACCUUCUAGUAGAGAACAUCAUAGACAUCUACAAACAAAGCAAGUCAGAGGUGCCCCUGAACCCCACCAAGGUGGAGCAGCUGAUGUGUGAGGAGCAUGAUGAGGAGAAAAUCAACAACUGCCUGAGCUGUGAGACGCCCACCUGCUCUAUGUGAGUGUUUGGCCAGCACAAUGACUGUGAGGUGGCCCCCUUGCAGAACGUCUACAAGAGACAGAAGACGGUGCUGAGUGACGGCAUCGCCAUCUUGGUGGCGGGGAAUGACCGUAUCCAGGCCCUCCUCUCUAAGUUGGAGGAGACCUGCAAGACCAUCCAGGAGAACGGAGAUCAUCAGAAGCAGAGUCGGUGUGAUAAGUUUGACCGGCUGUAUGCCAUCCUGGAGGAGAGGAAGGAGGAGCUGGUGGGGAGGAUCAGCCGCCAGCAGGAUGACAAGCUGGACCUCGUCCACUCCCUCAUGCGUCGCCACGGAGACCACCUGGAGGGCGCGGGCCAGCUUGUGGGGACAGCCAUCCAGUCCAUAGAGGAGCCACAGAUGGCCGUGUUCCUACAGAUCAUCAAGGAUAUAUUUAAAAGGAUCUCUGCCACUGCCAAGGCGUCCAACAUGGAGUGUCCAGAGCCGGGUUAUGAGAGCAUGGCCCGUUUUGUUACCAACACAGAGGAUGUGGCAGACAUGCUAAGGACCAUUGACUUCAACACAAGCUCCCACGGAGAAGACGGAGAAGACGGUUAUGAUCUGGAUGAGGGGGCCAGGACCUGGCAUCACUGUCAACGGUGGACGUAG